ACGUAACACUGUAACAGUAAACAAUUAUCUCUGAGGUUGUGUGAUUGUCAUGAAGUUGUCAGUGGUGUAUUAAAUUAACGUUUUCUGAGUGACAGUGGUCUAGUACGUGAAAUAUUUACUGAUGGGUGCUGAUUAGCGAUUUGUUGAGAAGAAAAGGAAAUGGAAUGUUGCUUAAAAUGACUUGCGCUUGGAAAUAACAGCGGAAGAUUCAUUUGAGACUGCCGGUGUGACGCCAUGACUGAGAACCCAACCCCUGUUUUGCAGAAUUUGUUUGGAAUACUUGUUUACAUAUUCACAGUGACUGUGCUGCCUGUAUGUGCCGAAGAUUUAAAGAAGGUUGAAAUUACUGAUAUACAAUUAACUUCCAAACGGGUUAGCGCUUGUGACAAUGCGACGUUCUUAUGCAAGGUGCAUCCCUCCAACAGCAGUGUAUGGUGGGAAUUUGAAGAUGUUAACAUCAGCAUUUCAGAUGAUAGACAUAUUGUUGAUAGAGUUGAAGAUGAGUCCAGACUGACAGUAAUUUGCGUCAAUAUGAGUGAUGCCGGCAACUACACAUGUUUUGCAUCGGCAGGAGAAGAUGAGGUGUCUCAAGCUAUAUAUUUAAAUGUUACAAUGCCCGUUGUAGUUUUUCCUGGAGGAUCAGGACGUAUUAAUGUGACUAGUUCAGGGAAUGUAUCAUGCAUUUUCUGUGGCUAUCCUAUGACCGAUGUCAGAUGGUUCAGAAUGGAUGAAACAUCAUAUGCUGAAAUGGAACAGUUUUCUGUAAACUCUAUUAACUAUACAUGCACAGAAACAAUACUAGAGUUUGAAUCAGUGACAAGAAAAGACAAUGGUACAUACAAGUGUAUGGCAUUGGGUCCCCAGGGUGAUGUCAGUGGCAAUGUUACUUUGUUUGUACUUGAGAAGCCACAGGUGAACAUUGACUUUGUUAAAGCAGUAGGAGCACGUCGAAUCUUUUUGAACUGGACAGUUAAUGAUGGGAAUGAACCUGUAGAGGAAUAUUUCAUUCAGCACAUGAAGAAUGGAACUGUCCAGUGGAUGUUCAAUCAGGAGAAAAUUGGAGGCGGUAACACAAGCUAUGUGAUAAAAGAUCUUGAACCCAAUACAGCAUAUUUUCUACGCCUUUAUGCAAAAAACUCCAUUGGAACAAGUAAUUUUUAUACUCAUCCAACACCAGUCAGUACAUUAGAAAAAGAUCCAGACUUUGUGCCUGAAGUAUCUGUUAAAGGUGUCACAAUAAAUUCAAUUACAAUUGGGUGGUCUUUACCUCCAGCUGAAUUAAAAGAUCACAUCCAUUACUAUCAUCUUGUUCUGCAAAAUAAUGGAACAACAACCUACAGGCAAGAGUCGAUAAGCUCAGCUGACCAAAUGAAUGUUUAUCUGUUUGUAGAUCUUCUUUCAGACACAACGUAUCACUUCAAGAUGUCCGCAUGUAGUGAAUAUACAAAGCAGUGUGGAAACUGGUCCAAUGAAGUCUAUGGAAAGACACUGGAUGGAGUUUCUGGUCCACCAGCGAACGUGACAGUGACAUGUCAAAACAGUGGUAUACAGGGUGGAAGUGUUAUAUCAGUCAGCUGGGCUUCACCACAAAAUCCAAAUGGGAAAAUAAGUUACUAUAAUGUUUCCAUUGAAGGCACAGCAAUGUUUAAGAAUGAAAAUGGUGUUAUUGAAACACUUGAUUGGAAACGGCGUGUUCGUACUGUUGAUGGGAAAGUGUUUACUACUCGUUUUGAUAACAAUGUUCCCCCAAAUACAAACUUUACUGUGCGUGUAUCGGCUGUCACACGCAUUCGCACUGUGGGCGAAAUGGCUGUAGCUCAUUGCCAUACACCUCCUACAGUACCUGACCGAGAUAAAUUGGCACAUUUUGUUUGGGACAAAGUGCAAGAACAAGGUCGUUGGUUGUUCAAACUAUCAAUGUCCCGAAUAUCAGAAAGAAAUGGACCCAUAUGUUGCUAUAGGGUUUUUCUUGUAAAAUUGGAGCCACAGCAAAGCAUCAGCCAGCUGCCCUCCCCAGAUAAAUUUCCAAUAUCAACUUAUGAAGAAGUUCAUUUGAGCAAGAAAGGUGGUGCUUAUAUUGCUGAAAUGUUUGAGAGUGACAUGCUCAGUACAGAAGUUUUCUUGGGGGAUGGACAUGCUCAGCAGACAAAUUACUCAGCGUGCCUUCAAUGUGUGGGUCUGCGUAUAACCCCUACAGCUUCAACCAUGCUACCCACAGUGUCUUCACCAGCAGGAGACUUACCCUCUACAGUGGAUACUGUACUUCGUGUGAAACGUUCACCAUCGGUUGUACCUGACUUGCCACAACCUCCACCUGUUUACGAUGGUCAGCUUGAUGAAGGUAGCAACUACACAGGAUUCAUUGAAGUUGUAGUAUAUGGAGAAGGACGAUCAUUGUUGCCAGCAUACAGUUCGUACCUGACAACCUUGAGCCCAGGUCCUGGCCCUGCUGCCCUUCGAGCUGAGCCCUCUCAACAUGUCCUGUCACUGGUGCUGCAAUUACUUUGUGCUUUAACUGUGAUCAUGCUGGUGCUUCUAUUGUCACUCUGUUUGCUGCAACGAUAUACAAAGCAUGUUGCUGAGGCACAGGGUGUGGAAAUGACACUUGCAAAUUCAUUUAGACACCUUUGUCGCAGCCUUCGUGGUCGUCACAUUCUUGUUUCUGCCAGUCCACCAGACAUGGCACCCAUUGCUAAAUCUGAUCUCAUGCAGGCCUUCAUAGAUCGCCAUAAGGAUUCAGACUAUGGCUUCCAGCAUGAAUUUGAGCUUCUUCCAGAUAGAUUUGCUGACAGAACAACAAGAAAUUCAGAAGCUAGGGAGAACAUGUACAAGAAUCGGUAUCCAGAUAUAAAAGCUUAUGAUCAGACAAGAGUUCGCCUUUCUCAGAUUGAUAGUAUAGUAGGUUCAGAUUAUAUCAAUGCAAAUUUUGUUGUAGGCUACAAAGAAAGAAAGAAGUUCAUCUGUGCUCAGGGGCCAAUGGACAACACCGUAUGCGAUUUUUGGCGGAUGAUAUGGGAACAACAUUUAGAACUGAUUUUGAUGCUUACAAAUUUGGAAGAGUAUAGUAAAACAAAGUGUGCAAAAUAUUGGCCUGAUUCAAUGGAUGGAGAGAAGAUCUUUGGUGACAUCAGUGUAGCACAUGUUCAUGAGAAGAGAUACUCUGAUUACAUUAUUCGUGAGCUGAGAAUGUACCGAACAUGUAGUGGGAAGGACAGAGAAGAAAGAAGCAUAGUUCAAUACCAUUAUCUUGUAUGGAAGGAUUUCAUGGCACCAGAACAUCCAUCAGGAAUUCUGAAAUUUAUCAAGCGAUUAAAUGAAGCAUAUUCAUUGGAGAAGGGCCCUAUUUUAGUCCAUUGCAGUGCUGGUGUCGGUCGUACAGGUACUCUCGUAGCUCUAGAUUCCCUGUUGUUACAGUUACAAGAGGAAGGACAAGUUGCAAUAUUUAAUACUGUUUGUGACUUGAGGCAUCAGCGUAAUUUCUUGGUGCAGUCACUGAAACAAUAUAUUUUCAUUUACCGGGCGCUGAUGGAAGUGGCACAGUUUGGUGAUACAGAGCUGGAAGUCUCGGAACUCAAAAGUGCAAUAGAAAAAUUACGCCAGAAAGAAAAUGGGAAAGAUAGGUGUAGAAUGGAAGAAGAUUUUGAAAAAAUCAACAGAGUUCUAGAGGACCGUAAAUCAUUUUCUGUUGGUGGUGGGAGUGAAAAUAGAGCAAAGAAUCGUAAUGAGAUGGUGAUUCCAUAUGACAGGAAUCGUGUGAUCCUGACACCUAUACCAGGUCGAGAACAUACUACCUACAUAAAUGCCUCUUUUAUUGAGGGCUACGACAACUCUGAGUGUUUCAUCAUAACACAAGAUCCAUUGGAAGUAACUAUACCUGAUUUCUGGCGAAUGAUCCUGGAACAGAACGUCAGUACACUGGUCAUGCUUUCUGAUCUUGGAGAUGGACCAAAGAAAUGCUUGAGAUACUGGCCAGAUGAUGAAGCUGUUUAUGAUCAUGUUCGUGUGAAAUAUUUAGAUAAUGAAAGCUGCCCAUAUUACACACGCCGGGAACUAAGUGUUAGCAACAUUAAGACUGAUGAAACGGUUGUAGUGACACAGUUCCAAUAUAAUGGGUGGCCGACAGUUGAGGGAGAAGUACCGGAAGUGACACGUGGUCUCAUAGAAUUGGUUGAUCAAACUCAAAACCAUCAAGAAUCUCAAGGGGGCAGUGCUCCCAUAGUUGUGCAUUGUAGUUGUGGAUCUGAUAGAAGUUCUAUGUUUGUGGCACUAAGUAUAUUGGUACAGCAAUUGAGGACUGAAAAGAGGGUGGAUAUCUUCACAACAACACGAAAGCUUAGAUCACAACGACAUGGAAUGCUGCAGACAUUUGCUCAGUAUGAAUUUCUCCAUCGUGCCAUAGUGAACUAUGCUGACUUGCACAAUUUAGUGAGUGAUGAAACAUGAACUGGUCAACAGAGCAUGAUUUGCUCAUUGUACCUGCUGCAAAAAGUGUAGAAAAUCCAUUGCUGCCAUUUUAUACCAUUGCUUUUUUUUUAUUCCUCAGUGUAGAUUUAAAGAAAGCUGCUGGUGUGGAGGUAACACUUUUGUAAAAUAUCUAGCAUUUUACUGCUUGUGACUUUGAUAUGAAUUUAUGAAAUUUUAUAUAUAUAUAACAUAUUAUGUUGUUUCAAGGACUGUCCUUCAGUUAAAAAUAAUUUUAUUUGCAAAAAUAUUUAUUUUGUACUGUAACAAUGGUACUGUAACAGGAAGUAUCAGUAUUUUAUACUUCUAUAUAUGUACAAUACUUCGCCAAAUUUGUUUCAAUUAAUGAGGUUGAAAUACUGUGGCGGAUAUUGAACUGUCGUAGCAUACAAUGUAAUUUUUACUGUGUAGGUAUACAGUAGCAUUUGAUGGCAAUGUGACUCUCUCUCUCUCUCUCUCUCUCUCUCUCUCUCUCUCUCUCUCUGUGUGCGUGCGUGCGUGCGUGCGUGCGUGCGUGCGUGCGUGCGUGCGUGUGUGUGUGUGUGUGUGCGUGCGUGCGUGCGUGCGCGUGUGCGUGCGCGCGUGUGUGUGUGUGUGUGUGUGUGUGCGCGCACGUGCUCGUGCUCGCACAUGCAUGUUUUCAAAGAAAAAGGGAGAGAGUUAUAAACUUGUUUUAUGAGGAAAAGGGCCAUCCAUUAUUACAUUUUUCCCCCCCACAUACUACACAUUUUGUGAGGAAACAUAUAUCAAGAACUACUUUUAAGCAAUGAAGUUGAACAGUCUGAAGAUUUUGUACAGAUAUUGGACAUUGGCUUCUUUAUGAAAAGUUAUAUGUACAAUGAAAAGCUUGUGGUGUCAAUGUCUGCAUCAUGUGAUAUAGUAGCAGUUUGGAUGCUUAUGAGAGAAGCAACAGAAAACACUGAAAUAGUGAGAUUGUGGCUACAGAACAUUUAUGAAAGGGGAAGGAAACAUACAAUGUGUUUCCCUCUUAGAAAUAUUAAAUUACAUAAUUAAAGAAGAGUAUCUGCCCUUUUUGUAAAUGAUCUGCAGUGUUAAUGUUACUUGCAAUAUAUCUACAAUAAUUAAUUGAUUGCUCUCUAUAUUGGCUUCUAAUAUUUCUAGACAUUAUGUGGUGUGUAAGAAAGAAUAUUCCUCUGAGAAACCUAAAAUUUAAAAAGCUGUACAAUUCUCAACAGUCUGAGCUCAUCUGCAUAUUCAGGUACUUUGCUUUCCUGUCGUAUUCAAUGCUUUGUAAUUCACUGUCAUUAUGUAAAAGGAAAGAAUGACACAUUAUACUUUUGUUAAGAUAUUUGCCAAAGAUCUAGAUAAAGUCAUAGAUUUAUAGAACUUUUUUAUUUGCAAAUAAGAGAGUGAGCCACAGUAUUUCUGUUGGUUGAGCAAUAAAGAUGGAAAACCAUCUUGAAAUUGUGAAAUGUGCACGCAGUACUGCUGUUGCUGUUUUUAUAUAUUUUGUUAAAUAAGUAAAGACAAUCUGUGGUGCUCUGCAUUGUCUGUGACAUAAUGCACUACCAUAUCAUGAAUAGAUGCCACAUUUGCUUUCUUUUUGUAAAAUUGUGUAAAAAAAGUCAAGAAAUGAAAGAAGUAUGAUGAUUGUGAAUGUAACUGACAUGCUUAACACAAUUUUUGAAUCUAAGAGUGGGAUGCAAAUUUGUUAAAAGCUACAAAUGACCUUAGCACUGUUCACAGAAGAUGUGUAUUUAUAAAAAAAUAUGUUGAAAUCAGGAAAUCAUAAACUUUGACUGAAAAAAUAUUUUUUUGUAUUAUUCAAGAUUGGAGAGAUUUCCAGAUUUUCACCUCACCCAAAGCAAUGUACUGGUGUCACAGAAAAAAAUAAAAUUUUACUGUAAGUGAUUUUUAUUGCCUCUGAGGAAUAAGUUUCAUACUGUGAAUUAUUUCCUAUUUUCUUAAUUGAACUGUAAUCUGAAAAUGUAUUUAUUUGUAUCAAACUGAAUUGGAAAUUGAAAUCAUUAACCUUCAUCCAUAAAUUGCACAUAGUAAACAGCAUGUUCCUUUGAUUGUUGUUGAUGGUGAGCAUGUGACAUGCUAAUUACCAGAAUGAUUUUCUGUGCAUAAAAUGCUAUUUUCAUUAUUCUGUUAUGAAUUCUGCUUAUUUCUUUUAGAAAUGGAAAAAAAAGAAUCAUGUAAGGAUCCUGUAUCGUGAAUGUUUAGUUUUCCUGUUCAUAAAAAAAGACAUUUAAUGUGUAAUUCAAAAUCAUAUAUAUGUGCUACAUAAAGUCUGAAUCUCAGUGUUUGUGCUUUGUUUUAAACAAUUUUUUAUAAAAUGGGCCUACUGUUUGUUGCACAGUAUUUGGUGAUACUUGUAACUGAAUAAAACACUUCAAAUAUUUUUUGCAUUAACACA